AUGUUUGAUGAUACACGUUCAGAAGCUCUUUUGGGCUAUCAAACAGAUGAAUCUCUGGUAACAGAAUACGCCUUUGCAUUUGAAGAGGAUGAUGAUGAAGCGGAUCUUACACAAGAGAGUGCUGGGAAGUUUUAUCAUCAUUUUUCAAAAAUAAAGGAAUUGUACGACAACAGUUGGAUUCUUUUGAUGACUUUAUUGAGCGUGGUCUAG